ACAAGGGACUGCUUUGUUGUCUUUGAGGGCGUCACUCCGCCUUGCUCACCCUUCUUAGAUCUCGCCCUUGUGCCUCUUUGUUGUUGAAGCGGCUCGACACACCCUUCUGGGGUUCCAUUGUUCAACGCCGGCUUGGAGCCGCUUGAUAAUAUCCUCUCUGCCAGGUAAUCAACGAAACCACCGCCCACAGGCACGAGUCACGGAAGCAAGGCGGCCCAAGAAUCCUCCGUCAGGAUGCCCAAGCGCCGGCUCGCGCUCCUGGCGGCUUCAAUAGCUGCCGUGCAUACCGCGGCGGCGUCGGCAAUAUCGAUGGACGAGCUGUUCGCGCGACAGUCUUCUUGCCUUCCAAACUAUUUCCGCUGCGAGAACGCCAAGUUCCCCGACUACUUUUGCUGCAAGGGCAGCGAGACCUGCAUCGCCCUCGCCGGGGACACCACUCUUCUCUGCUGCCCCGAAGGGUCUGAUUGCCAGAGGAUUCGGCCGGUCCCCUGCGACCUCGAGCUGCAGAACGGCGAGGCGAAUCCGGAUGCCGUCAUUAAGACUACUGCUCUCGGAGGAACUCUGGCGCGCUGCGGCACUCAGUGCUGCCCGUUCGGCUACUCAUGCAUCGACGGCCAGUGCGCUAUGGACCAGAACCAGAAUGCGGUUCCGAUACAGACCAGGACGAAGAAACCAGAACCCACGACAACGGGCGGCGGCGCGACGGCCACCUCGACGGACGGCGCCAACCCGACCGCCAAACCUACCGAAUCUACUGAAGCCCCGAGCGCGACGGGCGAACGAUCCUCAAACGACGAAACCAAGUCAAGCAGCGGUCCGCCGGUAGCCGCCAUUGCGGGUGGUGUGACUGCCGCGGCUGUUGUCCUCAUCGGUGCCGCCGCCCUGGCCUUCUAUUUCUUCUGGAAGAAGAAGAAGGAGGAGGGGCAGAGGAAAGGCCGGAGCCCACUAAAACUGUCCCGAUCGACGUCGUCUUUCGGCAACCUGAUCAGCCGCCCGGUCAUGACCAGCAACACUGCUAGUAUCGACAAUGAUUACGACUUUGUUAGACCGUCGGGCCCCGCGAAUCAUGCCCAGGAACCCGAGCCGGAUUCGGUGACGGGAGCAGUCCUCGGCUCCUCGAUCAACUCUCCCGAGUCCGGCGCGAUGCCGUCGGUCCCCGCGGCAGCGGCCUUGGCCGCGGAGUCGCAACAGCAGCAGAACAGCCGCGCCGCGUACGGCGGCUACGGCCAGCUCGAGCAGUCGCAGUACGUCGACAUGCCGUACGCCGACUACGAGAGCAGCGCGCUCGCGCCGCAGACGCCCCGGCAGAUCAACAACCGCGAGCCCAGCUCGGUGAGCAUCAACGUCUUUGCCGACCCCAACAUCACGCCAGACAGGACCCCGGAAAACAACGCCGCCCGCAGGUACAGCAACAUGACCAGCUUCACCCAGAUGCUCGACAAUGCCGGCAUGGGCGGCAUGGACCGCGGCGAGCCCUACCUGGGCUACGACCGCGACGGUGGACAGGCUCCGCCGUUGUCGCGGCGGUGACAUUGUGGCGCCCCCCCCCCCUUCUUCUCGGGGGUUUUCCGUGCCCUUGACAGCGCGCGUUUGAUGCUGGCACGGCGAACGCUGACUUCCUAUACCUCCUCU